ACUCAUACAGCUCUUUACACGUGUUUUGAUCAAAUGUUCAGAGGCUGAAAUUAACUCUGACAGAAACCUCGAACACUGGACCAUGUGGAUCUUAAACUGAAGGAUUAUCUGGGAUGCUACCGUGAUCUCCACGGUGGACUUAAGGCGUUUAUUCACUUGAUGAGCUGAAGGACAGAUCCAGGAGUGAGCACUGCAUGUAAAACGACAGCAGGAUCCAGGUUUUCUUUGAGGGAUUUCUGGACUGCAUGUUGUAUUCUGGAUCAGUCCAUGCACAUCACUGGUGGGAGUUGAACACGGUGGACCUGAUGUGACCAGAUUUCUUCCUCUUUUGUUGUGGAGACGAACACUCUGGUCAUGAGUCUGCUGGUGAUGAUGAUGAUGAUGGACUGCGCAGACUAUGUUUGGACGCUGCCGGCCCCCAGUAGAGUUUCCAUGGAGUCUGUCGACAUGAGACACGUACUGAAGUGGCGCCCUCUGCAGGCUCCUUGCAACACUGCAAUCCUUUACUCCAUUCAGUUCCAGGGGGAAUUUGAGCUGAUAGUCCUGAACGGCAGCUGGGUCGAUGCUCCCGACUGCCAGCAGACUCCUCAGACUCAGUGCGACCUGACCUUUGACCUGGGCUCCGACUCUGACUACAACCUCCAAGUCAGAGCGCAGUGCGGGUCCCAGCUGUCCCCCUGGACCAAACUCAGCCCACCUUUCAACCGCAGACACACGGUCCUGAUGGCGCCGGAGAUGGCGGUGGCGGUGUCGGGCGACGCCCUUCAAGUGUCCUUUGACAAGCUUCCUCUCGCUGCUGUCGUCAGCGUGAUGGUGUGGAAGAGAGGCGACGAGCUGCAGGCUGCUGUGUACUCGAUGCCAGCUGAGCAGAAGAUGCUGCAUGUCGCCGCCCUGCAGGAAGGAGCUGUGUACUGCGUCACAGCUCAGACCGUCCUGAACAAACAGCUCUUCAGCAGCAGCAGUGACACCCAGUGUGUGUCCAUCACAGGUCCCGACGCUGCGUGGAGGAGGCCGACCACCGUGACCGUCACUGUCCUCAUCGCGGCGGCUCUCCUGUACGCUGUGUCCUGGUCCGUCCUUCACUGCCGUCCACACGCCUGCCCAACGUAUUUCCAUAAAGAGCCAAUGCCCCACUCACUGCGUGAUUGGGACAUUCAAAUCCCGAUGAGGCCUGAGGACACGGAGCCUUGUGAGACGAUCGACGUCGUGCCGGGUGUCGACUCGCUGAGACCAGCCGAGACCAGCUGAGACCAGCUGAGUCCGGCUGAGACCAGUCAGGGCACAUCUGAAAGACCAAGACCUGAACUUCAUCCAUUAUGGAUUUUGAGGAGUAUGAAAAUGUUUCGAGAAGAAGCUGUUGAGUAAAACCCUCGUGGGAAUUUUGGCGUUUGUUAAGCAUUUAAAUCUUGUGGAAAAAACUGGAACCAGCAGAAGAUACAGAAGGAAACAAGAAGAGGCCGAAGGGAAAGUCUGGUGGUGUUAUCACAUAAUGUCAGACUGCUGCUCCCUGACCUCAACCAUCAAGUAUUUAUUCCUACCAAACAAUGACGUUUCCCUUCAGCAAACAAACCCCUUCCCCUCAGUGCUCCAGUUAAUAGAUUCUCCUCUGUUUAUAGAGAGUCUCUGAUAACAAAUAUCCGAUCAUCACUGAGGAUUUUAUUAAUUUCCACCAUAAAAUGACUGAGACCACAAACAUUUUCAUGGUUGCAGAAAACAAACAUUUCCUUCCUGAAACAUGUGAAAAUCGUUUCCACACAUCAGAGUAUUUCUCUCCUGUGACCUCUGACCUGGACGACAGAGACACUGUCCUGCGGAGUUCACCUCACAGCAUGUGGAUUACGUCGCUGUCGUGCUGUAGUGUGACAGGUUUUCUGUGUUUUGGUGCUUUGUUAUUUUCAAAUCUUGUUUCUUUUUUGAA